AUGUUGAAGAAGUUGAAGGCGUUGAUUCCAGAUAGAAAAUAUAACAGACAUUUCCUGCUAAUAUGCUAUUGUUUCAUCAUUCUUAAUUGUGGCGCAAUUUUUUAUGGCUGGAAAGGCUUUAUUGGUCUGUUGUACAAAGCCGGUUCGUUUGAAGAUUCUUGUUCUGAUUCAAAUGGUAAAACUGUUAUAAAAAUCAAUGACAAUGCUUAUUUGGAUUGCAAUGAGCGUCAAUUUCAAAUAUCAGUCUUAUCAUCUCUAGCAGUUACUGCACACAUUAUGUGUUCUCCAAUCAGCGGGUUAAUUAUGGAUUUUUUUGGUAACAAAAUUUGCUAUAUUGUCGGUCAGCUCUUCUACAUUUUAACCUGGAUAUUGUUUGCCUGUUUUCCAAAAAAUGAAUAUGUAAUCAAGGCUUCAUUUUUUAUAAUGGGGUUUUUUUCCGAGGCCCAAGCGAUGCCCCUAAUUUCCAUUGGUAAAUUAUACCCUGAAAAUGAAUUCCUGGUCAUUUCUAUCAUCGGAACAGUACGCUCAUUGUCAUUUGUUAUUCCCAUUAUAUUAGAUCGUAUAUUUUCAUUGAGUUAUUUUGAAAGUUCAGAUUUAUAUAUAAUUUGUAUAAUAUAUAUUUUUGUUUCUGUUGUUCCUUCUCUAAUAAUUGGCAUAAUUACCGUACCUUGGUCAAUAAAAACUGUGCAAGAAAUUGAAGAUGCUGAGAAUAUCACUGAGGAAACGCCCAAACUCACCUUCAAAGAGAAGUAUCACAAGAUGCUUCAAUUUCUAUAUAUGGUCAUUAAACAUCCUGCUUUAAUAGAGUGUAUCCUUGCAUGUGGUUGUGUAUUCACACAAAUGGCAAGGGUUGAUAUUUUGAAUAAAGCCCAGAUGAAAUUGUUUACCACUACAGAUGGUAGCAGUGCUUCAGAUGCAGUGGCGUAUCUUACAAUAUUAGCUUUUAUCCCAUGUCCUAUGUUUGGUUUUAUAUCGGAUAAGUAUGGUCCACCUACUGCAUUCUUAAUUUUGCAGUUCUUCUCUUCUAUCUCAAUCAUUUUCCUUGUCUUUGACAAUAUAAUAACAAAGUACAUCUCGGCACUUGGAUAUUUCUUCUCUGCCUCAUUUUUCAUCUCAAGUGUCUAUUCAUUCAUCAACUGGCGCUUUGAUAAGGAGCUUUUUGGAAGAAUUUCAGGUGUUGUGUUUGUCGUUGUUGGUUCACUUUUGAUGACUAAUAUUAUUUGGAUGAAAAUGGCUACAUCGGACGUCUUCAAUUUGGGUGCUAGAAGUUAUGACGCCAUCUCAUAUAUAUGUAUUUCCCACUGCAUCAUUGGAAUGGCCUGUGCAAUUGUUUUGUAUUAUAUUACAAAAAAGUCAAAACCACUUGAAAUCACAGAAUCAUAA